AUGAAAUCUACCCUCUCUGUUGCGUCGCUGGUUUUUUUCCUGGGUAGCGCCUAUGCCCACUCGAUUUUCCAAGAACUCUGGGUAAACGGCGUCGCCCAAGGCCACAACGUCGGAAUUCGAGUCCCAAACUACAAUGGGCCUAUCACAGAUGUCAAUUCUAACGAUGUUAUUUGUAACGGGGGAAUCAAUCCAUUCCUGCAGCCUAUGUCCCAAGCCAUCAUCAACGUCCCCGCUGGUGCUAGCGUUACCGCUGAAUGGCAUCAUGGUGGCUCAGGACCUGACCCGAACGACGCAUCCGACCCCAUUGAUCCUUCUCACAAAGGACCAAUUAUUGCCUAUCUUGCCAAAGUUCCGUCAGCCCUACAAACCGACGUGACUGGUCUCGAUUGGUUUAAGAUCUACGAAGAUGGCUAUGGACCUGGGACAACGUGGGCCGUAGACCGACUCAUCGCCAACAAGGGCCUUGUCACCUUCAAAAUUCCCGAAUGUAUCCAAGACGGAGAGUACCUCCUUCGUGUCGAGUUGAUCGCCCUCCAUGGAGCGGGCUCUUACCCUGGUGCCCAGCUCUAUAUGGAAUGCGCUCAGCUCCGAAUCACUGGUGGAGGCAAUGCAGUGCCUUCCCCCAUUGCCCACUUCCCUGGUGCCUACAGCGGCACUGACCCCGGUAUCCUCAUCGGCAUCUACUAUCCCCCCAUCACAAACUACAUCAUCCCAGGACCUGCUGUAUUCAAAUGUGGCGGAACAACAACACCCACAUCCUCUAGCGUUGUUACUCUCCCUUCUAGCUCGAGCUCGAGCUCUGUCGUCCCGCCCGUCACACGCACAAGCACGUCGUCUGCUCCCCCUCAAUCCACCGGUACGGUCGGCCAAUGGGGACAAUGUGGUGGCAUUGGUUAUACGGGACCAACCACCUGUGUCGCUGGAACGACAUGCACGGUGCAAAGCGAUUAUGUUCGUCACCUUUAUCACCAAUGCAUCUAA